AUGAAGAUAGAUGAUGAUGAAUUCGAGCUGUAACCCUAUGAGGGAGUAGCUUAGAAUAACUAAAAUAAGACUUUUACAGCUCAUUUGUGCUCAGUUAAAAAUUAUGAGGAGUUCAAAACAAGAUGCUUUAAAUUUAAGGAAACUUAUGACUGGCAUGAAGUAAAAUAUACAACAGAGUUUAUAAAGGCUUUUAACUCUAAAGAAAAAUGGAUUAAGCAAGUCAAGGGAUUUCUUCUCUUAGGCAUGGUUUUUAACUAUGACCUAGGUUUAUCUCCUCAUGUUGAAAAUCCGAGUAUGAUAGCUCGUUUAGAUUCUAAAACAUUUGAAAAAAUAAUGGAUAAAGUGAAUGGUUCCCUUAGAUUAGAAGUAGAGUAAUAGCAUGUGGGAAAGAGGUAUUCUUAUGAGGCAGUUGAUUUUUAUGAGGUCUAGAUUAUACAUGAAUACAUUUCAGAUUGUGAUCAGUUUAACUUUAUGAUAUUCUUGCUCAUACCUAUUAUCUCCUUUACUGUGGUUGUUAGAAUUACUUACAUCUAUAGAGCAAGUAAAGUUAUAAGGCACAGAUAGCCAGGAAGAUUUUUUAAAGAUAAAGAAAUCAAAGUAUUUGCUAAGAAAAACCUAAGAAAAAUUAAGCAUAUGCUUAGAGGAAUAUUAAGUAUGACUGCCAUCUAAUCAGUUUCUUUUCUUUUAUUCUAUUUUGUUUGUCCUUGGAAAAAUUUUAUUUAUCAAACAUCUCUAGAGCGUAUUCUUACUGUUUAGAUGGCUUUGAUAUAUCCAUGCACUUAAGCCAUGCAAGGUUUAGGAAUAAUAUAUCUUUCCGGUAUUUACAUGAAGUUCAGAAAAACUACCUCAAAACUUAGUAAUUGCCACUUAGCAAUUGUGUUCCUCAUAAUAUUCGCUUGCUCCGCAUUCCAGAUGAUUUUUAGCUUACUUGAUGAUGAAAAGAAUAAAAUAGACUACUGGAUGGGAAGAAUUUGGAAUGUUCCAGUAUAGAUUUUAGCACUUGUCAUUCAGAUUAUCAUAACUUAAAAAUCAUCAAACAUGAUAGAAGAAGAUAUCGCUGCAUCUGAUGAUUUUAGUGAAUAAGCUAAAAUCCUUCUAUAUAAACUCUAAAACGUUAUAAAAGCUUCGAGAGUCCCAGCAAUUAUAUACUUCUUAAUAAAUGCAGCAGCCAGUAUCUAAAUCAUAAUAAGAGAUGACUAGGCAAAGCUGAUAUUUUACAUGGUUCAAGUACUAUUACAGUCAAUUUUAGUUUUUGCCUUUGCUGUGGUAUUCUAUCCAAGUAAGUGGAUAGAUCAUAGAAUAGAGGAAAAGAAGAGACUAAAGAUUGAAAGCAAGUUUGGAAAGGCAGAGAGAGAAGAUGAAAACGCUCUAAUAGUAGAAUCAAGAGAGUCUCUAUACCUCAAUGAUCAAGACUACUAUUACUUGAAACCAUAUUUCUAUAACAAGCCCAAACUAUUUGGAUUAGUUAGUGACAAACGAAGACAUUGGAUCGCAGAUGGGUACCUUUGCAAGGCUGAUAGUUAUAAAGAAUAUUUAUCUGCUUGCUACAAUAAGCAUCCUGCAAAUUCAUGGAUUGUCGUCCACAGAUAUGAUUCUAAGAACACUCCAGAUUUCAUUGAAAAACUGAAUAAAUAAGAGGAUACAGUAUACGAUAUAAAAUCUCUAGUUCUGGUAGAUGAUGACUUUGACAUUGAUUUGGGGGCCAAUAGAAAUGUUCAGGAUUCUACAUACAUUUCAAGAAUGAAUAAUUUUCAGGGUAUAAGUCUCAUCCAGCAGAUUCUGACAACACCUUAGCCCAUCAUGGCUUCAUACCAUCAGAGAUUUGACACGUCUUGCAGAGCUUAUUAUACCAUGGAAUACUUACUUGCAGCCUUUCUUGCGAUUCAACUUGUCUAUACUUUGCCUUAUAUUAUACUUUCACAAAAUAAGUAACAACAUAUUCAAAAUCUGAACACAAUUCCUGCUUUGGACUCAGAUAGUAGAUCCAAAUUUAACAUGUGGGUUUAUAUGAUUCUUAUUUUCCACAUUAUACAGACAAUAGCCUUGCUUAUACUAUCGAGUGAGUGCCCGCUAUUACCAAUAAGAGAUUAAGAUGCAGGUGCAAGGGCUAAAAGUGUCAUAGCUUUCCUCUUGAUUCCACUGUCAUAAGCUAUGAUUGAUAUUGGAAUUCUAUAUAUUGCAGCAUAUGCUUUAAGAGCAUAACUUCCUUACAGUGUAGGAGCCGGAGCCUACGUGGCUAUGUUUAUAUUUAGUUUUGCAGUGACUGCCCUACAGUUAGUAUUUAAGUUAGUGGAUACUAGAUAUGACAUGCUAAUUUCUCUCAUUUUCCCAAUCUUUAAAUUUAUUCCGUUUUUAAUGGCGAUGAGGGACGCCUUAAGUUGUUAAGUUAACCUCAGAAAUCAUAUUGCUGAAGAUAGAGAGACUAAUCAAGGAAAGCUUAUAGCUUACUACAGACUAUACGAUACCUAUCUACAUUUGAGAAAAUCAGUAUUUUUCCACUAUGUUUUAACAAUCAUUAUGGGAACUUUCAUCGCAAUUUUGGUUUAAAAUCCACAUUGGAUGCUAUCAUAUACUUUGAUGAUCAUUUUAUAGACUUUCACACUGGUUAUUAUGACUCUCUAGCUCUACCCAACAAGAUGGAUGACUGAGGAAUGCCACAAAGUUGACAAUUAGAGAUAUUUGGGAAAAAUUGGAAGAAUGAGAGUAGAUGCUGGACAGAAUGAGAUUCUUUUACCCCCUUAAUGA